AUGCCCUGGGUGCCACGCAUUCCAGGAAUGUUUCUUGGCAUGAGAAGCCAUCAAGCCAUGAUGGAGAACAGGCGAUGGGCACGCCAAGGAAAAUUUGUUAAUUUGCCUUCUAGCUUAGCAGACAAUGAACUCCGUGAUGCCGGAAAUGUGAAGAAAUUGUGUUUGGCCCUGAAGCAAUGCAACACUGUCUCUGAGAUCGAUUUAUCCAAUAAUUCUUUGGGUGAUCUGGGUGUUUUGAAGGUUGCACAGUUGCUCCCAGAUCUGAAGGCAUUACGUUCUAUAACACUGGAUGGGAACCAUCUAUCCUUGGACGGAGUUUUUCGUUUGGUGGAAUACUUCUCUUCCUUGAAACAUAUGACCUCGAUGCAAUUGAGUUUGGGAAGAAACCAGGGAGUCCAUUUAACUUUUGGAAGGGAAAUCAGUCUGGACAAUGAGCAUCAAGAAGAGAUGUGCGAGCCUGCAGUGGGUGGCCGUUGCUUUAGUCUCACAGAUUGCAACGUGGGUCCCGAUGAUAUCGACCAGUUUUUCCGCAUCUUGAUCACAUGCUCGGAGUUGGGAGAGAUCAAUUUGUAUGGAAACAUGCUGAAAGAUCGGGAGAUGGAACAACUGCUGGCGUUCCUGCCCCAUUUGAAGAGCCUGAAGCUCUUACGCAUUACGGAGAAGAGUUUCUCGCCCAAAUGUCUUCUCUUUCUCGUCAGCUCACUUCACUUGUGCGAGAGGAUCUGCGAAGUGGAAGUCAGAUCCAAUAGAAAUGCCUUCUUGCAUUUUAUGGACAAUCCAGAAAGUCAAGAAACAUCCUGCAGGUUGACAGGAUGUGACCUUGGUCAAGCCAAUGUGAAGGAGCUGUGUGAGGUCCUCAAAAAAUGUGACCAUCUUGCGGAACUGGAGUAA